AUUCAAGUGUUGCUGCACUACGUGCCGUGCCACUCUGCUCAUCUUAAUAUCUCGACUCUGCUUUGCUGUUGACAAGUUUUGCUUUUUUCUUGGAUAUAAAUGACUGAUUUCCAAAUGGUUUCCUCGGAUUUCACAGCAGAUGAGAAGAUGGAGCUUGAGAACAUUAAGACGUAUAAGAAAGACCUUCUGGAUGAUAUCCAGAAGUUAAAGAUGGAGAUAGACAACAUCAUGGCGACUGUACUCAGCUUCGAGUCUGGAGAGGAAAACAAGACGACGGAGAAGAGCAAACAGUUUUCAAAUGGGAAGAAGAAAUUCAACAUGGACCCCAAAAAGGGCAUCAAUUACCUGGUGGAGAACAAGCUGCUGGAUGAAUGUGCUAAAUCCAUCGCCGAGUUCCUCUGCAAGGAGGAGGGACUCAACAAGACAGCCAUUGGAGAAUUUCUUGGAGAAAGGGAGGAGCUCCACCUGCAGACCCUGAAGGCCUUUGUGGAGCUGCACGAGUUCUCCGACCUCAACCUGGUCCAGGCCCUCAGACAGUUCCUGUGGAGUUUCCGUCUGCCUGGCGAAGCCCAGAAGAUCGACCGCAUGAUGGAGGCCUUCGCCAUGCGCUACUGCGACUGCAACACUCAUGUCUUCCAGUCGACUGACACGUGCUACAUCCUGUCCUUUGCCAUCAUCAUGCUCAACACAAGCCUCCACAACCCCAACGUGAAGGACAAGACGACUCUGGAGCGUUUCUUCUCCAUGAACAGAGGCAUCAACAACGGAGACGAUCUACCGAACGAGCUGCUGUCGAAACUGUACGAGAGCAUUCGCAACGAGCCGUUCAAAAUCCCAGAGGACGACGGGAACGAUCUCACGCACACCUUCUUCAACCCCGACAGAGAAGGCUGGCUCCUCAAACUUGGAGGUCGGGUGAAGACGUGGAAGAGGCGAUGGUUCAUCCUGACGGACAACUGUCUGUACUACUUUGAGUUCACCACAGAUAAAGAGCCUCGAGGCAUCAUCCCUCUGGAGAACCUCUGCGUGAGAGAAGUGCCAUAUCCUCGCAAACCGUACUGUCUGGAGCUGUACAACCCCAACAGCCGAGGGCAGAAGAUCAAAGCGUGUAAAACGGAGACGGACGGCCGAGUGGUGGUGGGGAAGCACCAGUCCUACACCAUCUGUGCCGCCGGCGCCGAGGAGAGAGACUCUUGGAUCGAGGCCAUCAGGGCGAGUAUCACCAAGGAUCCGUUCUACGACUUGGUGUCACUCCGUAAGAAGAAGCUGAUAAACCAGGCUCCUCAGGACUGAGCGGUGCAGUGCCCCACGUGGACGCUCACAGUACUGCACCACAGUGGGAUUCAGAAUCCUUUUAAGUUGUUUUAAACACUGGAGGCUAAAAGAGGGACUUAAUCAACUAAACCGUGUCAAAGGGGGAACACAUUGCUCUCGCUGUCGGCGCAACGAGCCUCAAAUAAUUUGUCAAUAUAUCUUGUGGCACGAGGAGGUGGUUUUUGGUCGAUAUCCGUGUGCUCCACAUUUAGUUUCUGGGAUCAGGAGGACGCAUUGAGCAGGUGUUGUCCAGGCACAUCAGUGUGUGCACGCUGUAAAAAGAGAAGACGUUUCUUAAGGCUCAGAAACGUUAGGCGUCCCGUUGGGCGUCAUUUCAGGAGUUACUUACGUUUCAAUGUGUAAACACAGAUAGAAUGUGUAGUACUUGUUCCAAUCAAAACAAGCCUGCAACACUUCACACCUUUAUAUCUCAGUGCAAUACGUGCAAUACGCAUUAUGUCAAAUGUAUUGCGAUGCUUAAUUAAAGUGUAAUAUAUUAAAGAAAGUGUUUAGCUGUACAUUAUAGUAUAAGUAUUGCAUUUCUUGUGAAUUAUUUAAUAAAAAGUAUUCCGUGGUGUUGACAUGUA